AUGGAGUUUGGAAGAGUUUGGUCCAGAUAUCAGAGGAUGGUGCUGAUAACCAUGAUGAUGUUCAAACUGGGCCUACUGUGCACGGUGGCAGCAGACAAUUGUCUCUCGUCUCCCUGCAACAAUGGUGCCACAUGUCUCGACCACCUGGGUGACUAUGUGUGCCUGUGCCCUAAAGGACCGGUGUGGUACAUGGGUAAAAACUGUGAUGAACUGUAUGAUGCCUGCAUCAUGUCACCUUGCACAAACUGUACCAGCACACUUGGUACUGAUGAGUUCACCUGCCACUGCCCAGAUGGCUUCACAGGCCUCAACUGUACACAGGAUGUAGAUGAAUGUCAGAGCAACCCCUGCAUAGGUGUCUGGUCCUACUGUGUCAAUGGAGUCAAUGGCUAUUCAUGCCACUGUCCAUUUGGAUUAGGAGGUGAAGACUGCCAGGAUAACAUCACCACUUGCUCAGAUGAAACAUGCCAGAAUGGUGGCACCUGUAUGGACAUCCCUGACACUGGUCACCGGUGCCAGUGUGCUGCUGGGUACCAGGGGAUGAACUGUGAGGAGAACAUAGAUGAAUGUCAGUCUGAACCUUGUAUGAACGGAGCCAUCUGUAAAGAUGGGGUCAAUGCCUACCAAUGCUUCUGUGUGCCUGGAUUUCAAGGCUACCACUGUGACUUGGACAUCAACGAGUGUGCCUCCCGACCCUGUCGAAACAAUGGUACAUGUCUGGAUGAGGUGGAUCACUACAGGUGUGACUGUGCUCCAGGCUUCAAAGGGAUUAACUGCGAGAUAGAGAUAGAUGAGUGCGAGCUGCAUCCCUGCCAGAACGGCGCUACCUGCCGAGACCACGUCGCCAUGUACACGUGUGAGUGCACGGCCGGUUUCCAGGGCCAGGACUGUGAGGUCAACAUUGAUGAAUGUGCCAGCAUGCCGUGUCUGAAUGGGGGCAAGUGUAUCGACGGGGUCAACAGCUAUGAGUGUGACUGUGAUGGGACGGGCUUUGUAGGUGACCACUGUGAAGAGGAUAUUCCCGAAUGUGCUUCUGACCCCUGCCAGAAUGGAGCCACAUGCUUGGAGGGCUUCAACCAGUACAGUUGUCUCUGCUGGCCAGGUUACAAGGGAGAGAACUGCCAGGUGGAUAUAGAUGAGUGUGAGCAGCUUCCCUGUGAGAACGAUGGCGAGUGUUUCCAGCGCUCAGAUAUCCUGAACUACGGGUUGCUGCCUGAACUCAACACAGCUAAUUUCACAUAUGAAGAGGCGGCUGGGUUCAUCUGCCGCUGUCUGCCAGGCUUUACCGGGGACAACUGCUCAGUCAAUGUGGAUGAAUGUGAGUCUGCUCCAUGUCAGCAUGGAGGAAGCUGCCAGGAUCUGGUCAACUCUUAUCAAUGCUUGUGUCCAGAUGGCUUCACAGGCGUUCACUGUGAGGUGGACAUCAACGAGUGUGACAGCAAUCCCUGCGAGAAUGGCGCCACGUGUGAAGACGCCGCCAACUCCUAUAGGUGUGAGUGUCCUGAGCCAGAACCUGAGCAGGAGCCAUGGGGUGGGCGCAACUGCAAUAUCCGCCUGGUGGGCUGCCAAGAACACCAAUGUCAACACGAAGCAGAUUGUGUUCCCAUGCUGACCGACAACGGCGAGCACAGCUACACCUGCCUAUGUCCUCCUGGCUGGACCGGAGAACGCUGCAACACCUCGACCACUUUUUCUUUCAACUCUGAGGGCUACGUCCACAUGCUGCUGCCUGUUUCCCAAAACAGGACAAGACGAGAGACUGACAACCAUGGUCUUGACAUGCAGCUCAGAUUCAAGAGUACUCUGACUGACAUGGUGCUGUACCACCGGGGCACCAUGACACGUUUCAUCUCCCUAGAGAUAGUCGGGGGCUCCCUCCAGGCCAAGGUGAAGUCAGGAAAGCUGCUGCAGGUCAUUUACCCUGGUCCAGUCAAUGAUGGGGAAUGGCGCCAAGUCACUGUGAUCAUGGAUGAAAGGCUGGUUCUAAUUGUAAAGGGACCUGGUUGUGAGGAAGGGUGCCAGGUGAAGAAUGAGGGUCACAAUCAUCUCAUUUUCCUCCAGCCCAGCACAUUUAAAGAUAUCUAUGUAGGAGGGGCACCACCAGAAUAUUUGGCCUAUUCAUCCAGUGGGAAGGGGUUUAUUGGCUGUAUGGAAGACCUUCAAGUUGACCAUAAGCUGCUCCUGCCUCAGGACCUCAUCAGAGAGGAGAACAAGGGCUUGGAACUGGGAUGCACCAAAAAAGACUGGUGCCGUGAUGACCCAUGCAAGCAACGUGGGCAGUGUAUCGACAAAUGGGUUAAGGCCAGUUGUCAGUGUCACCGGCCCUACUAUGGAGAAAGCUGUGAGAAAGAAUACCUGUCCUGGACCUUUGGUCAUGAGAACACCACCAGCUAUGCCGCCUUCAACAUCUCAGAAACCCACGGAGAAAACUUCACCAUCUCCUUUAUAAUGCGCUCCCUCAAACACAAUGGUCUGCUCCUGCAGCUCUGUCAAGAAGACAAGGCUUACUUGACAAUCUACCUGAAGGAAGGCACAAUUGCUAUCUACAGCCCCCACACCACGCUGCUGUCAGAGGCCAAGCUCGUCACAGAUGGUAACAACAACUUGGUGACUGUAAAGGUGCACUAUGGCCAUGUGGUCUUCCCCAAAGCAGGAAACAAACGUGCCUUAGGGAACGUGAGUGUAGAGGCAGGGGAUGUGGCGUAUGUCGGAGGACUCCCUGAAGGCAAGGACAUGAACGCCUGGGGUGGAAAUUUCAAGGGCUGCCUGCAAGACAUUCGACUGGACCACAAACAUCUGUCCACUGUGGAUCACACAGAGGGGGUAGAGAUGUACCAGACAAGUGCAGAGCAGAAUGUGCUGCCAGGAUGCCAAAGUGAUGACACAUGCAAGGAUGAGCCAUGUCUCAACGGUGGACAGUGUCAGGUUACCUGGAAUGACUUCAAGUGUGACUGCUCUGUUAACUACUCGGGCCGACUGUGCGAGACACGUUUGUGGUGUGUCGACAACCCUUGUUUCGAUGGAGUGAAUUGUGUGGACCUAAAAGACGGUUAUGAGUGUUUAACUGAAGCCAUCUUUCAAGACAAUGCUCUCCAGUAUGCUGCCAACAGCUCCCUGCUCAGCCCUGUAACUGAUGUUACUAUGGACAUAAGAACACGGGAUGAGGACGGGAUCUUGUUGCGGUCUUCCAGCAAAGCUGAAGUAUUCUGCAUUGGCUUGCUCAACUCCACCCUUCUGGUCAAACUGGACAGCGGGGCAAGUACAGAGCUGCUGGCUUUCACAAGUGACAGGAUCAUUGCGGACGGGGCGUGGCACCACAUCCAGCUGAGCAUGGUUGAUCCCACCAAGUCAGUGUCCCGGUGGCGCCUCACAGUGGAUGGGCAGAGAGCAGGUGGCAGCUACGGCGUUGGUGGAAAUCUCAACUUCCUCAAUGAUACCAAAAUCUGGCUGGCUGAGAAAUACACUGGAUGUUUAGGGGAGGUGAGAGUGGGUGGAGUCUACCUGCCACUUGUAAAUGUUCCAGACACCCCUCAGAUGAGCCGCUUCUCCAGACUGGGUGGGCAUGAGCCGAUAGUAGGAUGCCAAGGCGCCCCGAUUUGUGAUUCUCAACCGUGCCUCAACCAGGGUGUGUGUCAAGAUCAGUUUAAUGAGUUUAACUGCAGCUGCAGCCCAGGAUGGGAGGGAGUGCUGUGUGAGAUAGAGAUAAAUGAGUGUUCUUCAGGCCCCUGUGUCCAUGGCACUUGUAAAGACCUUCUGGCAGACUACCAAUGCGACUGCGAGCCUGGGUACGUGGGGAAAGACUGUCAGGACGAGGUUGACGACUGUCUGGAGUUCAGCUGUGUGAAUGGAGGAACCUGCGUGGAAACAAUGGGAACUCACACGUGUUCAUGUCCUCCUGGAUACAUUGGCAAGCGCUGCCAGUGGCGUUUCCCUCCAGUGGCAUGUUAUUCAAACACAGACUGUCUUAAUGGAGGGGUUUGUAUAGGAGGCAACUCUGGAGGCAACUGCACCUGUAAACCAGGAUACAUAGGUGCCAGGUGUGAGACAGAAAUAGACGAAUGUGAGUCCGGCCCCUGUCUCAACGGUGCCACCUGUCUGGACAGACUCAACCACUUCCAGUGUGUAUGUGUGCCGGGCUUCAGCGGCACACUGUGUGAGAGCAACAAAGAGCAGCAUAAGGAGCGAGUCCCCUGGCUGGCGGUGACCAUCCCUCUGACCACUCUGUGUAUGUUAGUGGCCAUCCUGGUAGUGUUUUUCCUAAUCAUCACAGCCAGGAAGAAACGUCAGUCAGAGGGCACCUACAGCCCCAGCUCGCAGGAGGUGGCCGGUGCCAGACUGGAGAUGGGCAGCGUCCUCAAAGUUCCCCCGGAGGAGAGGCUGAUAUGA